CAUCGACAGACAAGACAGCUCUGAAAAUCGAAUUUUUUAGUCGAAUUUAAUGUAAACAAUAAUUAUGGCGCAAUCCAAAGUUUAUACAGUUCUUGCCUUAAUGCUGAUGCUGCACGGCGUUUAUGGCUUGUUCAAUUUUCAGAUAUUUUCAGACGAUGCAUAUCCAAAUAAAUGUGUGGUUGAUGGUGCAGAAAAUAAACGUUUGAUCAUCGACAGUGGCAAAUCGGAAAGACAUCCCGAUAAGUGUCUGCUAGUUGAGUGCCAUUUAAAUGGUUGGGCUCUAGUCUACCAAUGCAAAUUGAAUCCACCACCCGCCUACUGCAAGUAUUCCGAAGUUAAGAAUCCGGACGCCCCAUUUCCCGAGUGCUGUGAAAUGGAUGUGACGUGCAAUGAAAUUGCUUGGGAUUAAAUGUGCCUAAAUGUG